CCUCCGUAGAGGUCCGUUCCGGGGCUGCCCCGUGUCGUGUCGUGGCGUGUCGUGGCGUGUCGUGUGUCUGGCGUUGUGUGUGCUGCUCGGCCCGGUCGGCUUCCCUUUCGUUCUGGCUUGGCUCGUCGGCCUUGUUGCCUGCCCCCCCCCACACCUCUCUUUCUCUCUCUCUCUGCCGUCUUGACUUUGUUGGUUUGAGCCAGGGGUGUGUUUGUUUUUGACGACGGGCGCGUGGCUUGUCUGCCGGUUUUUUUCACAUGCUGGAUUGACCCUUGAGUGAUGGCUUUGUCGACAGCUCAUCCUGGUACUUGACGCGUGUACCUUGGUCCACGGGCGGGCGUACACAUAGUUUUGGCUCGUCUUUUGGCCUCUACACCUGCUGCCAUGGCGAACAUGUUUCAACGCGUGGCCUCGUGGCUUGCCAACGAAAUCGUCACGAAAUCGCUUGCACGGGCGCCCUGGUUCCAGCGCUUUGCCCAGACCACCCACAAACAUGUGACUCGAAUGAGCGAAGAAGGAUCCAAGCGUGCGGCUGAGCUUGAGAAGAGCGAAUUUGCGGCCCAGCUCAAGACCACGAUGGACACGCACUCCAAGCGCGCAUCAACCUUUGGCAACAGCUUUAUGCGUAACCUCAAAGAGAACUACAAAAAACUCGAGGAAGAGGGCCGCCGUUUACAAGAGGAAGAUGCCAAGCGGCGGGCAAAGUGAAUCAAUCACCCGUCCCGUCGUCCUGUCCCCUGCUUCUCUUGAGUUGUUGUUCCACCAUCUCUCCGUUUGACUUGCCGCCUGUUUUCGAUUUACCGUGCUUGUGCCUGCCAUUGCUGUUUUGAUUGUGAUGGGUUUGCCCGUUUCUGGGCUGUCCCCUCGCGUCGCACGACUUUGACAUCAUGCUUCGGUGAGCCAUUUAGUUUUAUCCAGCGGUGCGCGCUUCUCCGCCCGCGGCGUGGACGCGCGCCCGCACAAAUUGACACGUUCUUUUCC